AUGGAUCCCGAAGAUGCACACAAUUUAUCAAAACUUGCCAUAAAGUAUGGAAUUGGUCCAAAGGAAAAGAAAUUAAAAGCAAAUCAAUAUGGAUUGGAUCCACUCAUUAGCUUACAUACAAAUUGUUUAGGAUAUCAUUUUGAGAAUCCUAUUGGAUUGGCAGCUGGAUUUGACAAGGAUGCCGAAUGUAUGAAAGGAAUUGAAAAGUUGGGGUUUGGUUUUAUGGAAGUUGGAAGUAUUUGUCCUCAACCACAACCUGGAAAUCCAAAACCUAGAAUUUUCAGAUUGAAUUCUAAAGUUUCCGAUCCAGAUGGAACAAUUUUUGAUACCAUUCUCAAUAGAUGUGGAUUCAAUAGUAAAGGAAUGGAAGUUUCGGAUGAAAAUUUGACAACCUAUAGAAAUUCAUACCAGUCUCUUAAUACAUUCCCAAUUGGUGUCAAUUUGGGAAAGAACAAAACAAGUGCACCAGAAAGUAUUGAGGAUUAUUUGAUUGGUGUGAGAAAGUUGGCUAAACAUGCAGAUUUUUUGGUUAUUAAUGUCAGUUCACCAAAUACCCAACAUUUGAGAUCACUCCAGGAAAAGAGUUCCCUUGAUACAUUAAUUGAGGAAGUUUCUACAGAAUUGAAAAAACACAAAAACAUUCCACUCCUUAUCAAAAUUGCACCAGAUUUGACCCUCGAUCAACAACGUGACAUUGCUUCAUUGGCACUCAAACAUUCCAUUGGUGGUAUCAUCGUUUCCAAUACAACUAUUGAAAGACCAUUUGUAUCGAGUGAACAAAUUAAUGCCAUUCCAAAUGGAUCUGCUGGAGGUAUGAGUGGUCGUCCACUCUUCAAUCAAUCCACUAAAGUUUUGAAGAAUAUGUACAAAUUAACAGAAGGUAAGGUGACACUCAUUGGUGUUGGAGGUGUUUGGGAUGGUUAUGAUGCAUUACAAAAGAUCCAAGCUGGUGCUUCACUAGUUCAAGUUUAUACAGCUUUCACUGCUCAAGGUCCAGCUGUUGUUGGUAAAAUCAAGAGAGAAUUAGCUCAGUUACUUGCUGAAGGUGGAUAUGCCAGAGUUUCUGAUGCUGUUGGCUCUAAAGCCAAGUUUAGUAAAUUGGAAGAAUAA